GUUUACUUCUAUUCCCCCUCAGGGUCAAUACAUGUUUGCGACUAUCUUCUUCUUGUCAAGGCCUGUCUAACUACUACAGGAGACUAGGCGCGCAAUUCAAUUGGUGAUCAGCGAGAAUGUCUCCCGAAACUCAUUUACCACGCAAAACUGGUGUGCGAGGUACCUAUAUCGAGUUUGGAAUGCAUGGUAUAUUGCAAGGAAACUUUAAAAAAUUAGAAUCAUUAUGCAUGUAAGUUACAUAUACAUGGCGUACUGGCAAGGUCAAUUUCAAAGUCUACAACAGGAAUGGGCACAAGCUAUCGAACACGGGAAGUCAGACCGCUCCUUCUGAGGAGGUGCCAAGGGCGGAGAUACACGCUCUCUUUGUGCCGGCUGCACAAUAAUUCUUCAAAUUUGUAUCUGCCAGUCGCUGGUACAAGUUCCAGAGGAAGCCUAAACAUCCUGUCCCUGGAUUGGAGGAGGUGGACGCUCUGAUGGCCGAGAUUCAGAAGGACCCGGAACGUUGGCUGCUACACCGGAGAAAGGGGCAAGGAUCCUCAUCAGCAACGUCGGAGAUGUUCAAAGCGGAGGCAGAAACCGUGUUUAGCACCAUUUUUGCUAGGAGGACCAUACUUAACAACAGCUCCUAUGCACUCGGG